UUUUCACAAGAAUAGCAUCACAACAACCUGGUUCUCUUCCCCGACUUCUCUUCUGCAUCUCCCACAUUUUCUACCACCACAUCCUGUGGCAACAGACUUCUACAGCACCGAGCCUCCGCGAGUAUGGAACAAUACAUCCAGACUCCGUCAGCAAUGUCCACCGAAUCGCUAAACACAGUAUCCGUGGGUGAAAUGUCGGAGGAAUCAUUCUACAUUGCUAGCCCGAGACGAGAAGAUGAAUACCGUAUGAUAGCGAAGAAAGAGGAAGUCCCGGCUGGAGCCAGGCUUGGGCAUAUCUUGUUGAAGAUGGAAGAUCCCAUACAGGCAAAGGAUGAGAAAGCCUACGCUUUAGGCGAUUGGGGCCAGCUCCUCGAAGACGACAGUUCCAGUCUUUCGACCAGCAAUGAAGCAUCGAGCACACCUGCAACAAACAAGCAAGACAACAUCUGCGACGAAAAAAGUAAUACUCAGAAGAUGGCGGAGACCAGUGACAAUUGUGAAAAGACCUCCAAAUUUGAUAAGCUACAAAUCGACAAGACCUUGGACCAUGUGCUCUAUCGCUUCCUAUUGCUAAGCAAAGAAGUCUCAACCAAGUCCAGCGACGAAUACCUCAAAUCGCAUGCCGCCAAGGAGGCCGAGCUUAUGAUGGAUGACCUUGUGAAGCAAGGAUCUGACAAAGCUGUCAUCGAUGCCCUCGACCAGGAGACGACAGCGACUAUUGAUUGUCAAGCCAUGCAGUCGAGACAUGUACAGCGUCUGGACUCGCUGCAGCGUAGAUUGGCCACAGAAAUGGAAUUUGCCGUGGAAGAUGCCAAGGACACUAUGCUCGGUCGCGGUAAACUCCACCUAGAGCGAGGCGUCGGAUGGAGCGAGACAAGAGGCUUGCCUGGUCCCUUGGUCGCCAUGCUUCGCGCAUGGCAGAUGAUGAUUGUGGAAAAGAGGCAUAUUGGUAGGAUCAACGGCAAACGUUUCACGGCCUGAGACAGCAGACGGUACUCCAGUAUGAUAGACAUCCUCUAGAUGUCUCUUGCGCAGUCUAGGUCGCUAGCAUGUGUGUAUGUAAAGCCAACCUUGUCAGAGUCCGGCCACACUGUACCAGUAGCACAGGUAGCACCAAACAAGUGAUGACGGCAUCACAGCACGUCGAUUAGCCCGGGUCGCAACACAUCUUGAAGUUGGCGGAAUGCGAUAGUUUCGUGGACAGAGAACCAGGCCGGUUGACGCAAGUUGUCGAAGACAUCAGUCUGAGACCCCAUGGCACUGGUCACAGCGAUUAAAAGGUACUUUGAGUGGCUGGAUAUGA